AUGACGAGUGUACCCUCCAAAGUUGAUGCUGAACAAGCUGAAUCAGACAACUCUAUCUGUAUCUGCAGGAUGGACUUCAAAGGUGGUGGUGGAGCAGCCCCUGAAGAAUGUGCUGCUGGGGUUGGUGGAGGAGGUGGUAAUGGCAGCACUGGUGGUUUUAGCCCUAGUGAUGGUGGAGGAGGAUAUGGUGUUAGGAGUGGAGGAGGGGGAGGAUAUGGUGUUAAAAGUGGAGGAGGGGAAGGAUAUGGUGUUAAAAGUGGAGGAGGGGGAGGAUAUUGUGUUAGGAUUGGAGGAGAUGGAGGAUGUGGUGUUAAGAGUGGAGGAUAUGGUGUUAGAAGUGAUGGGGGAGGAUGA